AUGUCGACGAGAAACUCGGAGUCACAACGCCUACCCCCUACUAGGGCAACCUCGACCCGAGGGGAAGAAGACAACGAGUAUGUCGCGGCGGUGGUACAAGGUAGAGGUCAAGGGGUGGAGAUGGGUAUAGCUGUACAUAGCUUGGAGACUGGACAUAGAACACAUGCAGUGAGAAAACCUACUGAUGACGGCACGCUGAAGCUUGCCGAUACGACCUUUCACUACAAAACGAUUCACCAUCUGGACUUACAUCCACCUUGCACUAUCGUGGUCCAGGAAGCUCCUUUCACGACUGGCAAACGCGGUCACGAUCCAACUUCAAGUCCUUCCGAUCUCGUACAAGCACUAGAAGAGCAUUUCAUGCUCGAUUGCGUCUCUUUACCAAGAGACUGUUGGAAUCAUGACCGUGGUCUGAGCUAUCUUUCAGCACUCGGCGUUGAUGACAAUCUGAAAACCUCAACUCUGAUGGCUUGCUCAGACAAGUAUUACGCUCUGGCCGCUACUUGUGCUCUGUUCCAAUAUCUAGAAGCCAAGGAAGGUCUAUAUUAUCCAGAUAGCAGUCUGAAAGUCUCUUACAUAGCCUCUGAAGGAACGAUGUUCAUAGACAUGGAGACAGUCAGGAACCUCGAAUUAGUGACAAACACUCUGACCCAUAAGUCGGGAAACACACUCUUUGGUCUUUUGAAUCAUUGCGCCACCCCCAUGGGAUCUCGGCUGUUACGAGGGAAUAUCCUGCUGCCCAGUAACGUUCGCGAUACCAUCGAUGGGCGUCUUGACGCCUCACCCGACAGACUUAAAGCCAUCCAUCGUGGCAUUGAACGGCUUGGUCGCACCGAUUUGGAUAAACUGAUCAACCAGGCUACGAGAAAAACACUUGCUCCGGUGAAUAUAGGAACAACGGGUGAAAGAAUAUCUAUUCUGUUGCAACUUGAACGGUAUGUUGAAUCAGCCAAUGCGCUGAAAAACGAAGUGGCCCAUUCGAAUUGCAAGUUGCUGGUGGAGAUUUUCGAGGGAUUAUCAGAUGAAAUUCUGCCAGACAUGAAACAGCUUAUCUCCAUAUUGAAAGAAUUCCGAGGUGGUCUAUACCACUGCAGCGAUGCUAUUGCCAAACUCGACGUUCUGGCAGCUUUUGCGGAUAUAUCACAAAUCCGUCCGGUAUUCGACGACACCAUGAGCAUCAAAGGAGGUCGACAUCCAAUUCUGGAUAAGGCAUGUGAUUUGGGUGAUUGUGUACCCAACGAUGUAUAUGCUCCGGAUUUUGCUUCGUUUCAAUUGAUUCAAGGGCCCAACGUACCGGCACAAUACGCAAGCUUUCGUUUGCACGAUGCUCUGUUGAGCCGACUUUCCAACGACGACGCUCUCGAAAAAAACCUAUCAACUUUCGCUUCGGAGAUGGCAACAUCAGCCAUGAUAUUAGGACUCGCCACCUCAAACUCGCUCAUCAUAGUCGACGAGGUAGAAUCCCUGAUUGAGCGCAAGGCUUUCGUUUUCUUCGCCACGCAUUUCCAUGAUUUGACUACGACGUUGGGUGAUCUCCCAGGGGUCGUCAAGAUGCAUCUCCGCGUCGAGAAUAACAAGAUAAUCGAUGAUGAGAACGCCUUUUCCGCCACGUUCCAGUACAAAGUCGAAGAGGGCCAAGCAAUGAUUAGUCACUAUGGAUUGGAAUUGGCGAAAUUAGCCGCAUUUCCUCAAGAGGUGAUGGUUCGCGCAAAAGAAGUCGCGACGAAGCUGAGCGAGCUCGAGGAGAGGGGUCGAGAGACAGACAUUUCUCAUGCAUUAGUCAAACGCAGGAAAGUGCUGUUCGAGCUCGAUCACCUUUUGAGAUAUACGAAGGAUGAUGAAAAGCGCCUAGCUCUAAAAUUGGAGGGCAUUCAGCUGGAUUGUGUUGCUGAGCUCAAGAAGACUUUCAGCGGCUUCCAGUCUGGGUAG